AUGGCCGGAGAAGACAGGAAAAAGCGUAUGAUCCGUGAGCAAUGAUUGGCUGAAGCGAGAAGCUCCUGGACGCUGAGUGGCUCCGUCAUUCGCGCGAAGGAGUUUGUGGCGCCCGAUUAAAGUAGAUAGAGUGCUGCCGCAGCAACACUGUUCUGAGGUGGUCUGCGAGCCCACCUGACCGGGACCUUCUGGGCCUCAUUCCUGAGGAUCGCCGCCAUGAUGUGGAAUAGUGGAUACGAAAACUAUGGCAGCUCCGCUUAUGGAGGCGCCGGCGGCUACACACAGCCCCCGGGGGGCUUUGGAUCGCCGACACCGUCUCAGGUUGAAAAGAAAUCAAGAGCCCGAGCCCAGCACAUUGUACCUUGUACCAUAUCUCAGCUGCUUUCUGCCACUCUAGUUGAUGAAGUUUUCAAAAUUGGGAAUGUCGAGAUUUCACAGGUCACCAUUGUGGGGAUAAUCAGACAUGCAGAGAAGGCUCCAACUAACAUUGUUUACAAAAUAGAUGACAUGACAGCUGCACCCAUGGAUGUCCGCCAGUGGGUUGACACAGAUGAUGCCAGUGGUGAAAACACUGUGGUUCCUCCAGAGACAUAUGUGAAAGUGGCUGGCCACCUGAGAUCUUUUCAGAACAAAAAGAGCCUGGUAGCCUUUAAGAUCAUGCCACUGGAGGAUAUGAAUGAGUUCACCACACAUAUUCUGGAAGUGGUCAAUGCACACAUGAUGCUGAACAAAUCUAACAGCCAGCCCUCAGCAGGGAGAGUACCUAUCAGCAAUCCAGGAAUGGGUGAAGCAGGGAACUUUGGUGGGAAUAGCUUCAUGUCAGCAAAUGGCCUCACUGUGGCCCAAAACCAGGUACUGAAUUUGAUUAAGGUUUGUCCAAGACCUGAAGGAUUGAACUUUCAGGAUCUCAAGAACCAGCUCCAACAUAUGACGGUAGCCUCAAUCAAGCAAGCUGUGGAUUUCCUUAGCAACGAGGGACACAUCUAUUCUACUGUGGAUGAUGAUCAUUUUAAAUCCACAGAUGCAGAAUAACUGGAUCUAAUUGGGUAUCUGAGAUAUUUUCUAGCUGGCCCUAUUUUCACAAUUUGUUUUCUCCAGUUGUACAUAUGUUUGGCCAGGUGACUUCUAGGAAGUAGGUUUCAUCUCAGAAAGGUCUGAACUGACAUUGUUUUGAAACUUACUGCUCUUCUAUUUUGUUUUUGUUUUUGUAGCUCAAAGGGAGAUGGGCAAUUUACAGGGAUGUAAACCAGGAUGGGAUUUCUUGAAGAAGUUACAAAUAAGUUAGUUAAAACAUCAGGUUAGAUGGAAUUGGAAGAGGGCUGCUACCAAGAGAGUUGGGCAGUAUUAAAUAAUGCUCAGGAGUUUCAGUUCCUACAGUGUUUCCUCUUGAGAGAUGGUGAGCAGGACUAGGGCCUGUGGGCAGAGCACAGCUGAGAAACCAGCUCUCCUCUGCCUUUUUUUGUAGCCCACUUUGGUUAUGUGGCGUUACUUUCAGAAUUGCACUUUCCUUCACCUUCUUGUCAUGAUUGUUGCCAAAAGCAUGUUUGUAUGAAAAUGAGGUUCUGGAGUGAUGGCCUCAAGGGGCAAAGUAGAAGAAAUGUUACUGCAUUUUGUACAAAAUAUGUGCAUCCAUAUGUUUAAUAAAACAGUUCUGUUAUUGCAGUA